CCAAUGGAGGACCGCGGGGGACAAAAUAAACCGGUCGAGGACGCCUCUGACGCCAGUUUUAUCCGGGACAUUAUGGGACAGCUGCACCAGGCACAGGGACAACCACGUCCAACGACGCAGCCCAUGCAAGCCUCUAAUGGUGUAUGCUUAAUGGCAUGGAAAAAGAUGAUAACUCAAAGAACAUUGCAAAAUUGGCCAAGUUGCAGAAACAAAUUAAAAGUGGCCAGGAAAAGUUAAAAACUUCAGUGAAGAAGUUGGCACCCCCGAAGAAAAAAGCAAAGAGAGAAUAUGCCCAUUUUCCAGCUAGGGAUAAUGAAGGCAGGCUCAUUCGACAUCCUGUCAGAAAGAGAAAAUUUGAAGACACUGACCAAAACAAAGAGGAGGGUAAUUUAAAUUUAAAUGUGGAACCUUCAGUUCAGCAAGAUGAUUUGAUGUCCACAAUUAAUGCCAACAUAUCAAAAUCCGUUGAUGAACUGAAAAUCAAGAUUGAACAGUUAAGGAAUGCAACAAAAUCUAACAACAGAACCAUUUGGGAAAAAAGAAAGCAACGGGAAACUGAAAACUGGGCAAAUUUACGACAGUGUUUGUUUGAAGCAGUAAUCAAAACUAAAUUUGCAAACCCUCCAAAUGUAUGCUCCAAAUGCCAAUACCAAACUGUGUGCUUAAUAAGGACUGCUAGCAUCUCUGACAUGUCACCAGCUGGAGAAAUUCAUCCUCCAUCAACAUCUACAAAGUCAACUCCGUCCUUGUCAGCUACCAUAACUUCAUCUGCUCAACUAACCUCGUCAUCAUCCAAAAUUCCAUCUUCCACCAGGUCUUCAUCACAAUCAUCCGUGCUCAUAUCAUCAAUUGUUGUUGGAGAUAGUUUACGUUUACUGCAAGACACUGACAACUCCUUUUCCUUCAAUAAUUCUGUACUUGAAAACAAGUGUGAAGGAUGUGUGAAGUGUCAAGGAUGUUCCAUUCUGGAAAAUAAAGUUGCCAAGUUGGAACAGUCCAGACAGUGGAGAGCAAUUUGUCUGCUCUAUGGGGAUGGACGUCACAGCUUGAAGAGAGGGUCAGAAGCCUUCCCCAGCAUCGGGAUAUCUGUGCCUCUCCCCAGCCUCUUCAAAGAGCUUCACAGUCAGUUUGUUCACCCCAACAUACAAAGGUUCCAUUAGCCAGCGUCGAUCCAUGUAACAUUGAGGUGAAUGUUGAAAGUCUUCCUGACUUCAAUUCUGAGAAGACAUACAAUGGAUAUACCAAGAUGCAGCUACUUUGCAAGAUUGCUGGCUUAGUGGAUCCAAGAUGUUAUUUCGUUGCCUGUACUCCAAAGACGAAAUCAAGGAAAGGUCCUUGACUGGAGUACAGGCAAACAAGACCUUUACAGCCCAGCCUUCCUUGGAGGAUCCAAGCAAAUUGGGAGUCAUUUAUGAAAUAAUGGCAGAGAAGUUCAAAAUACCAGAAGUCCUGGUUAGAGAUAGGAUUAGGGAACUCCUGAAACCCUCAAGAAAUCAAUAUUAAAAGGAAUAAAUUGAUUAACAUUC